CAAAAGUGUGUUUAGUUGUCCUGUAACUUUCCUCUGGAACGCAUUCUCACACAACUUUGUCCAAUAUUCUCAACUAAACCGCAUACAAUAUAUGAAAAGUUAUCCUUUGGAACAUUUGCUAUUCUGAUUUACCAAAAUUUGCAACUUGUAUAAUUUGCAUUCAUUCAUCCUGGUAGACUUUGUUAGUUAGCUAAACAACAGCACCACACACAACAGUUUGGCUUGUUAUUUGUUUGUUUCUGAUUUAUUAAACAACACAAGGUAGGAUUUUUAUCCGUCUCAACUCUCAACUGACUGAACAGAAAAGUAGGCACACAAUAUUUCCGGUAAUUGUUCUACGUUAGUCGACCGGUCUGCACUCACAUACGUACUUUUCCCGAAGGAAAAGGGAGAAAUUUAUACUUUUGAAGGAUACAUACUCCUCCAGAGUACCAACUAAAUACUUCCACUCGUGGUGUGAACGUACUCCAAGUGAAGGAUUUAUUCGUGUAUGAUGGGCGUUUGUGAGGAGGAAGGCAAAAAGAAGACGAAAGUGGAAUUGGAAGAUGAAGCCGAGGAGGUAAUUGAGGAACAAGAAGAGACUGAACAAGAACAAGGCAAUACUUUUUUCGUGAACGGUGGUGACAAUAAUAAACCGGAAGCAUGGGAAGGUCCACGAAAAGAGGGUCUCUAUGAUCCCCAGCAGGAACGGGAAGCUUGCGGAGUUGGCUUCGUUGUGUCAAUUGAUGGUAUCGCUUCCUCAAAGAUUUUACGAGAUGCAGAAAUGGUUGCGAGUCGAAUGGUUCAUCGAGGUGCGACUGGAUGCGACAAUGAUACCGGUGACGGGGCUGGCGUCCUGACUGGAAUACCUCAUGAGUUCUUCAAAAAAACAAUUCGAGACCAGCAAAACGUGGAAUUGCCAGAACUUGGACGUUAUGCAACUGGAAUUUUUUACUUGGAUAAAAUCCAUCAUGAGGAGAGCGAAGGACUAUUUGCCGCAUUGGCGAAAGAGUGUGAUCUCACGGUAAUUUGUUGGAGAACUGUUCCUACGGAUAACCGAACGAUUGGAGAAGUGGCCCGCGGAUCAGAACCCUUUAUUCGACAAGUUUUUGUGACUGGAGAUGACCCCGAUGCGGAAGCUCUGGAUCGGAAGGUGUUUGCUUUACGGAAACGAGCAACUCACACAAUUCCGAGACCAGGAGCACGAUUUUAUAUUUGCUCAUUAUCCACAACAACAAUAGUCUACAAAGGUCAACUGACUUCGGAACAAUUAUGGUUGUACUUUCCCGAGUUAAAGUCCCCCGAUUUCAAGACAUACUUGGCCCUGGUACAUACUCGAUUCAGCACAAAUACAUUUCCUUCAUGGGAACGGGCACAUCCGUUGAGAGUCUUGGCACACAAUGGAGAAAUCAACACUCUUCGUGGAAAUGUAAACUACAUGAAAGGUCGAGAGGGUGUAAUGAAGAGCAAAAUGUUCGGAGCUAAUCUGAAGAGAUUGUAUCCUGUUGUCGAGCCCAAUCUCUCAGAUUCUGGGUCUGUCGAUUGUGUUCUCGAGUUUUUGGUUAAAGCUGGAGGAAGGUCAUUGCCUGAGGCCGUGAUGACAAUGGUUCCCGAAGCAUGGCAAAAUGACAAGCUCAUGUCACAAGAGAAGAAAGAUUUUUACCGUUGGGCUGCUUGUGCCAUGGAACCAUGGGACGGCCCAGCUCUCCUAGCGUUCACAGACGGUCGAUACAUCGGAGCAAUUCUCGACAGGAAUGGCUUGCGCCCAUCUCGUUUCACCAUUACGAAGGAUAACAUUCUCGUCAUGGCGUCUGAAGUGGGAGUUUACGACUGCGACCCGGCAAACAUUAUGGUCAAAUCGAGACUAAAACCGGGCCGAAUGUUACUCGUGGACACGAAGGAGAAGAGAUACAUAAAAGACGAGGAGAUUAAAAUGCAGUUGGCGAGAUCCCGACCUUUUUCCACUUGGCUGCAGGAACAAGUCACCUUAGACGAACUUCGACAAACUCACACUGGUCGACUCACUUACAGCGUGGACAUUUCCGACGCAGAAAUAAAUGGAUAUGUCAACGGUGUCACGGACGAGACGGAUGGCGUUGUUUAUCGAUACACGGCUGACAAGCGACUUGGCAUGUAUGGAUACACUGUUGAAACUAUAAACCUUUUGGUCCUCCCAAUGAUCAAUACCAAGAAAGAAGCCUUGGGGUCUAUGGGCAAUGAUGCGCCCCUCGCGUGCCUCUCUGAAUACCAACCUUUGAUGUACGACUAUUUCAAGCAACAGUUCGCACAGGUCACGAAUCCUCCGAUUGACCCGUUUCGAGAGAAAAUUGUCAUGUCUCUGCAAUGUCCGAUUGGACCUGAGGCCAAUAUGUUGGAGCCGUCUGAAGAACAAUGUCACCGACUUAUCUUGCCGCAACCCAUUUUGUCCUUGUCGGAUUUGGAAGUUUUGAAAGCGACAAGACACAGGGGUUGGAGGACCAAGGUAAUAGAUAUUGUAUUCGACAAGACGGAGGGUCCUGGGGGUCUACUAAAUGGACUAAAUAGGGUGUGCCAAGAAGCUCGUACAGCGGCUGAGAAUAAUUAUCAAAUGCUCGUGUUGUCUGAUCGUCUUGCUGGACCAGAUAGAGUUCCCAUCAGUGCUCUUCUGGCUCUCGGUGCAGUUCACUUUCACUUGAUUGAAGAAAGACUGCGAAUGAGGGUUGGACUCAUACUGGAAACUGGAGAAGCUCGUGAGGUGCAUCAUAUGUGUGUCCUCUUGGGCUUUGGUGCGGACGCGAUUUGUCCAUAUCUUGUAUUUGAGACAGCAGGUUGUCUUCGCCGUGAAGGCAUCAUUGACAAGAAGUUGGAUGACAAAACUAUUUUCCAGAAUUAUUCAUACGCAAUGGAAACUGGGAUAGCAAAAGUGAUGGCUAAAAUGGGAAUUUCUACCCUGCAAUCGUACAAGGGUGCCCAAAUCUUUGAAGCUGUCGGUCUUGCGGACGAAGUCAUUUCAAAAUGUUUCAUUGGAGCAGCGUCACGAAUUGGCGGAGUCACAUUUAAAGUAAUUGCGGAAGAAGCAUUUGACAGACACGCGUUGACCUAUCAAGACCGUGAGAGCGAUUAUUUGGUUUUGCGAAAUCCCGGCCAGUUUCACUGGCGAGCCGGUGGAGAAAAGCACAUUAACGAUCCCCUCAGCAUUGCAAAUUUACAAGAAGCUACUAAAAGCAAUAGCAAAAACAGCUACGACAAAUAUGUCGAAUCUGCAAUGGAGAGUGUUCGAUCUUGCACUCUUCGAGGUCAGCUUGAACUCGUCCUCUCCGACGUUCCCAUCGAUAUUGCAGAGGUUGAACCAGCAGCCGAAAUUGUCAAGAGAUUUGCCACGGGUGCAAUGAGUUUCGGAAGUAUUUCAAAUGAAGCACAUACCACGCUUGCAAUCGCGAUGAAUAGAAUUGGGGCAAAAUCCAACACAGGUGAAGGUGGCGAAAAUCCGGAGCGAUAUGAAAAUCAGGAUGCCAUGUUCAACAAGCGGAGUGCGAUUAAACAAGUCGCCAGUGGAAGAUUCGGAGUAACAAUAGCCUACCUCGCAAAUGCGGAUGACUUGCAAAUAAAAAUGGCUCAAGGGGCCAAGCCUGGUGAAGGUGGCGAACUUCCCUGGUACAAGGUGACCAAAGACAUUGCAUCAACCCGACAUUCUGUGCCGCUUGUCGGUCUCAUUUCACCACCACCGCAUCACGACAUUUAUUCCAUUGAAGAUCUGGCUGAGCUGAUUUACGACUUAAAAUGCUCGAAUCCGGAAGCCAGGAUCUCUGUUAAGUUGGUGUCUGAAGUUGGAGUGGGUGUGGUUGCAUCAGGCGUUGCAAAGGGCAAAGCUGAACAUAUCACGAUAAGUGGGCAUGACGGUGGCACUGGUGCUAGUUCUUGGACUGGAAUAAAAUCUGCAGGAGUUCCAUGGGAGCUAGGUGUUUCUGAAACACAUCAAACUCUUGUACUCAAUAAUUUGAGAUCUCGAAUUGUACUCCAAGCCGAUGGUCAACUUCGUACCGGAUUCGAUGUCAUUGUUGCUGCCUGCCUUGGAGCGGACGAGUUUGGAUUCAGUACGGCGCCCUUGAUUGUAAUGGGGUGCACCAUGAUGAGGAAAUGUCAUCUGAACACUUGUCCCGUGGGUAUCGCCACUCAAGACCCCAUUCUUCGCAAAAAGUUUGAAGGAAAACCCGAACAUGUCGUCAACUUCUUUUUCAUGCUGGCGGAAGAGAUCCGACGACACAUGGCAAAAAUGGGUGUCCGCAACUUCCAAGAACUAAUUGGAAGAACAGACAUGCUGAAAGUUGUUGAAUCAAAGCACCCCAAAGCAAAGUAUCUCGACUUCAGUAGUCUUUUAAAGAAUGCGUUGUGGAUGCGCCCCGGAGUCAAUAUUGUUGGGGGAUCUGUACCUCAAGAUUUUGAGUUGGAGAAGAGAUUGGAUAAUCAACUAUUGGCCAUGACAGCCCCCGUCUUGGAGGGAAAGCAGAGUCGUGUCGAUAUUGAAAUGGCGAUUGAAAAUAGUUGUCGCACAUUCGCAACGACUUUAAGCUACUAUAUUGCAAAAUUAUAUGGAGACGAAGGACUUCCAGACAACAGUAUCAAUAUCAAAUUGACUGGAUCUGCUGGACAGAGUUUCUGUGCAUUUAUGUCGAAGGGAAUUCACGUCACUCUGGAAGGCGAUGCGAAUGACUAUGUUGGAAAAGGACUCUCAGGGGGCGAAAUAAUUGUGUUCCCUCCGAAGGGAAUGAGUCCUGAAUGGAACAGUGAAGAUAACGUGAUAGCUGGAAAUGUAUGUCUGUAUGGAGGCACCUCGGGGAAAGCAUUCUUUAGAGGAAUUGUCUCAGAACGAUUUUGUGUCAGAAAUUCUGGAGUUGUUGCUGUAGCCGAAGGCUGUGGUGACCACGGCUGUGAAUAUAUGACGGGUGGAACGUGCGUCCUUUUGGGUGCAACUGGGCGAAACUUUGCUGCUGGAAUGAGUGGAGGAAUUGCAUACGUGUACAAUCCUGACAAGAUCCUUGAGUCAAAAUGCAAUCUCGAAAUGGUUGAUCUCUUACCACUCGAACUGGACGAAGACAUAACCCUAGUUGGCAACCUUUUGAAAGAAUUCCAAGCUAAAACCGGCUCUAACGUGGCAUCCAAAAUUCUUUCCGAAUGGCCUGGAAGUGCGAGACACUUUGUCAAAGUUUUCCCCCAAGAAUAUCAACGUGCUUUGAAGCAAAUGGCAGAAGAAGCAGCAGCAGAAAAGUCUACAGAAGAAGAGAUGAUCGUGGAACAACCUGAACCUGUUAAGCUCCCCUCACCUGUGAAGGACAUUGAAGAAACUGUUCCCGACAAAGUCCGAGGUUUCAUCAAAUAUCCUCGUGAGAAGGGAAUGUAUCGCGACGCCACAAAGCGACAAGAGGACUGGAAUGAGAUCUACAACUUUCAAGGAGUUCGUAAAAAUCUGAAAACACAAGCGGCACGUUGUAUGGAUUGCGGGGUUCCGUUUUGCCAGUCCAGCCAUGGGUGUCCUUUGGGCAACAUAAUUCCAAAAUGGAAUGACCUGGUGUAUCAAGAUAAUUGGAAGGAAGCCCUUGCUCAGCUUCUCCAGACGAAUAACUUUCCCGAAUUUACGGGAAGAGUCUGUCCAGCACCUUGCGAAGGAUCGUGCGUUCUCGGGAUUAACGAGCCCCCCGUAACAAUCAAGAACAUUGAAUGCGCCAUUAUUGACAACGCGUUCGAGAAGGGUUGGAUGAUCCCAGAUAUUCCAACGCUUCGUACUGGGAAGAAAGUUGCAGUUGUGGGGUCAGGACCGUCUGGUCUGGCUGCUGCUCAUCAAUUGAAUAAGGCCGGACAUUUGGUCACUGUUUUUGAGCGAAAUGACCGAGCUGGGGGUCUUCUUCAGUAUGGAAUUCCAACCAUGAAGCUAUCCAAGGAAGUUGUGCAACGGAGGGUGAAACUGAUGCAGAAAGAAGGUAUCGAGUUCAGACUGAAUGCACACAUUGGGAAGGACCUUAGUGCAAAGGAAUUGUACGACGAAUUUGAUGCCAUCGUUUUGGCAAUGGGUGCAACUUGGCCAAGAGAUCUCAGUAUUCCUGGACGUCAACUUGAUGGCAUUCAUUAUGCCAUGAACUUCUUGGAGACUUGGCAAAAGAAACAAAUGGGAAACUCCAUCAACCAUGUUCCCUUAUCUGCCGAAGGGAAGGACGUUAUCGUUAUUGGGGGAGGAGACACGGGUUGUGAUUGUAUUGCAACUUCACUUCGUCAGGGAGCGAAGUCCAUUGUCACAUUUGAGAUUUUGCACGAACCACCCCCAUCCAGAGCGAAUGAUAACCCAUGGCCGCAAUGGCCAAGAACUUUCAAGGUCGAUUAUGGCCAUGAGGAGGUGAGAGUGAAGCAUGGUCAGGAUCCGAGAAGAUUUGUGACCAUGUCCAAGGAAUUUUUGGAUGAUGGGAAUGGCCAUAUAUCAGGUAUCCGAACGGUGCAAGUGGAUUGGAAGAGGGACGAGACUGGAAGAUGGAAAACCGAAGAAAUUGCUGGAUCUGAACAUAUCUACAAGGCUGAUAUGGUUUUACUCGCAAUGGGAUUCUUAGGCCCCGAGAACGGCGUCAUCCAAGAGUUGGAAGUUGAACAGGAUGCUCGCAGCAAUAUUAAUACACCCUCAGGACGCUAUUCUACAAACAUUCCUCGAGUAUUUGCUGCUGGAGAUUGUCGAAGAGGACAAUCACUGGUAGUAUGGGCGAUCACUGAGGGACGCCAGUGUGCCCGCGAGGUGGACGAAUUUCUCAUGGGCACCACCACCCUGCCCGCAGUGGGAGGAGUGAUUCAGUCCUUAAACUCGCAAAAGGGUUAAAAAAAACACACGAAAUAAUUUAGUAGAUUGGGAUCCAUAGAUGAAAUGGGGAGCAGACUUGAUAAAAACCUAAUGGAACUUAUGCAUAUACAAUAAUAGUGCAACUUGCCGAAUGUACGUAGUCACCGGAAGUUAUAAAAGUGCACAGAGUAGGAUAGUACAUGGAAUGAAUAGUAGAGAAUGAGUUGGACAAAGAAUAGUGUAAUAAUUGUCCAUCCAUAAAACCUUCAUUAAUACCACACGAUUAUGCACGACGACGAUGACGAUGAGGAUCCAGGGUUGUAACACAGAUUGACGAAAAUAUAGUUUAUAGUCACACAUUACAUAAUAUUUAGUCGAUAAAAAAUAUAUUUGAAAUGAUGAUGAUAUCGAGAAAUUAAAGUAAUACAUACAUAGUCAACGCACGCCAAAUAAUAAAUACUUAAUCUGCAAAUUAGAAUUAUAGUUGUGAAACAUAGUUAAUUACACAGAUUAUGCAAUACACACAAUUUCGCAGAUUAUGCUGAAAGGAAAUGUAAGGCACUCUUCACACUUAAUAACAAUUUCUGACAA